UCUUUGCUGUCAAUUGAAGGCCAAUAUCUGAGCACAUUACAAAUUUCCACUCUAUUAGCUUAUAAAUAUCACAAGAUGUGCAUUGGAGACUCUCAAGCUUUUGGUUCCUGCUACUAUUAGCCAUUGCAAUCAAAGACUUCCCAAAAACUGCGGCGAAGAUGAAGUGGGGAAUGGACUCUCCAGGGAAUGGCUUCAACAGCUUUUUUAAUCUGCAAUCGAAGAAGAAUAGUCGUCGGAGUCUUUCAAGGUCAACCAGUAUGGACAAAGAUUCUAGAGAAGGUGAGCAUGCUACCGCAGUGUUAGCAGAUGCAUUUGCCAUACAAUCAAUUCAAGAAUCCAAAAAUCUUCAGAAUAAAAAUGGACUGCAGCCACAUUCUAAUGGAGCAAUCAGACGAUCUUCCUCGAACAACGCAAAAAUUCCAGGUGAAACUUCAAUGAGAAAGCCAAAGCUGGCACUAGAGACACUUUGUCCACCUCGAACUCUGAGUCGCUCAUCUUCGGAUGCUCACGAGAAUAGUGAAAAGCAUGAGAAGCUAAAAUCAGUCGUGGCUUGGGCAAAUGAGAAGAAGGAGAAAGCCAUAAAUAAAAUUGAAAAAACAAAGAGUGAAUUGGACCUGAAGUUUUCAAAAAAGCCUGCAACAUAGAAAACCAUAGAGAAUAUAUGCAAAGAUUAUGAAGAUACUGGAUUCCUUGAAGAAAAGUAUCACUAGAUUAUAGAACAAAAAUCUGAGUUUGUACUUUUGAUCUGUUUUAAUAAAGUUUACAAAAAGCUUCAUAUUAAAA